ACAAAAGAUAUUGUAAAGAUACCUCCUUAGACAUUUUGGACAUUUUUUAUGUUGUUUAAACGACUACAAAAUGCUUUUUUACAUGUAUCCUAUAUCAUAUUGCACAUAAUUCAUAUUAUUUUAAUAUAUAUAUAUAUAUAAGCUGUAAAAAAACUCGGAUAUAUAUUGCGUUUGAAUAGACCGUAUAUUUUUUAAGGGUAACUCGAACUGUGUGUAUCGCGAGUAUUUACUUGGCACAGCUUGCGUGUGGAGACGAAAUAGCAUCCUAGGCGAUACCUAUCGUUUUAUAACUGUCCGCCUGUAAUAUUCGACUCGUAUAGCAGCAGGUCGCUACCACCACCACCACGUCGGGGGCUAGAAUCGGAGCGUGUACUUAGGCGAUCAGCUGUCGCCGUGAAUGUUUACAUUCGUCGACGGAGUGCCGGCUCGUGGUGGGGUCGCGGCCACCGUCCAGUCCCUUUCGGCUUGUCGCGUCGCGUAGUUCGCACGUAAUCCACGAGUGCUUAUCGUGCCUUAUCGCGCUGUCGCGCGGUAUCGAGCAAAUGCCAACGCGCAUAUUUCCGUGCUCUCCAGAAUCGGGGUAAGGAUUAAAUCGCUUUGAAGAUGGGGGCGAUGUUCAGAAGCGAGCAGAUGGCCCUUUGCCAGCUGUUCAUUCAGCCAGAGGCGGCUUACCUUUCUGUUUCGGAACUUGGAGAAACCGGUACGGUGCAAUUUCGUGAUCUGAACGGCAACUUGAAUUAUUUCCAACGAAAAUUCGUCAACGAGGUCCGACGAUGCGAUGAACUGGAGCGCAAGCUUCGAUAUAUCGAGGCGGAAGUCAAAAAAGACGGCGUGCCGAUCCCGGAUAAUCUUACGGAACUACCCCGCGCACCCAAUCCACGUGCGAUUAUAGAUCUCGAGGCCCACCUCGAGAAAACGGAGAACGACAUACUAGAGCUGAGUCAAAACGCGGUGAACUUGAAGAGCAACUAUCUCGAGCUGACGGAAUUACAGCACGUGCUCGAGAAGACGCAGUCAUACUUCACGGAGGAAGAGGCCAAUGACUCGAUUACCAAGGCGCUGAUUAACGAGGAAGCACUGAAUCCCGCCAUUACGACUCGCGGACGUCUGGAAUUCGUCGGCGGGGUAAUAAAUCGUGAACGAGUCCCAGCCUUCGAGAGAAUGCUCUGGCGUAUAUCACGUGGCAACGUUUUUCUUCGGCAGGCCGAACUUGAUAAACCACUGGAGGAUCCGGCUACGGGUAACGAGAUCUAUAAAACGGCCUUUGUGGCAUUUUUCCAAGGGGAACAAUUGAAGAGUCGUAUUAAAAAAGUCUGCACUGGCUUCCACGCUUCACUCUACCCGUGUCCCACCAGCCAUGCAGAACGUCAGGAAAUGUUGAAAGGUGUGCGAACGCGGUUAGAGGACCUUAAAUUGGUAUUAAAUCAAACGCAAAAUCAUCGCCAACGUGUUCUACAUAAUGUAGCGAAGGAAUUACCAAACUGGAGUAUCAUGGUGCGAAAAAUGAAAGCUAUUUAUCAUACACUGAAUUUGUUUAAUAUGGACGUGUCGAAAAAAUGUCUUAUUGGAGAAUGUUGGAUGCCUCUUGCCGAUCUCGCGACUGUGCAGCAUUGUCUCACAGAAGGAUCGCGACAAUGUGGAAGCUCCAUACCAUCUUUUCUCAAUGUGAUUCAUACGGAUGAAAAUCCUCCGACGUUCAACAGGACAAACAAGUUUACGAAAGGUUUUCAAAAUUUAAUUGAUGCUUACGGUGUGGCAUCGUAUCGUGAAGCUAAUCCGGCACUUUACACUAUUAUUACGUUUCCCUUUCUGUUCGGCGUUAUGUUUGGCGAUGCUGGCCAUGGGCUGAUACUGACGCUUUUUGCCUUGGCUAUGGUCCUGAAGGAAAAACAGAUUAUCGCGCAAAAAUCAAAUGGCGAAAUUGCGAAUCUAUUUUUCGGCGGUCGUUACAUCAUCCUUCUCAUGGGUUUGUUUUCCAUAUACAGUGGUCUUAUCUACAACGACAUAUUUGCAAAGUCAGUUAACAUAUUCGGAUCUAGUUGGAGGAAUACGUAUACGUUCAAUGAGACACAAUCAAACAAGGCACUGCAAUUGUCGCCAGACGCGAAUCAAAACUAUUUGCAGUAUCCUUAUCCUCUGGGUGUAGAUCCGGUUUGGUCUCUCGCUCAGAACAAAAUUGUAUUUCAGAAUUCGUUCAAGAUGAAGCUGUCGAUCAUUCUCGGCGUCGCACACAUGAUCUUCGGUGUCUGCAUGAAUGUCGUUAAUAUAUUCUAUUUCAAGAGAUACGCCAGUUUGUUUCUUGAGUUUUUGCCACAAUUAUUCUUCCUUGUCUUGCUGUUUUUCUACAUGAUUAUCCUGAUGUUUAUCAAAUGGAUUUUGUACGACGCUUCGUCUGAUGAUAUAGGACGAAAGCCAGGCUGUGCACCGUCAGUUCUGAUUACAUUUAUUAACAUGAUGCUUUUCAAAGAUGCCGUUGUACCUGCAGAUUGUUCUCAGUAUAUGUUUAAGGGACAGGAUAUUUUACAGCUAGUUUUACUUAUCGCCGCUGUCUUAUGCGUUCCGAUAAUGCUUUUUGGGAAACCAUUAUUUACUAUAUUUUCAAAGAAAAUUAACCGCCCGGGAAAGAUUUUCAGCAACGGGAGUGCGUCUCAGGACAUCGAGUUGCAGGCCCAAGGGGUGCAAAAUCCAGGAACUAGCAACGAUACAGCAGCGAACGAACACGGUCACGAGGAUGACAGCUUCGGCGAGCUGAUGAUUCAUCAAAUCAUUCAUACUAUAGAAUACGUUUUGUCUACCAUUUCGCACACUGCCUCCUAUCUGCGAUUAUGGGCCCUGUCAUUGGCUCACUCGCAGCUAUCAGAAGUGCUUUGGAAUAGAUUGUUGCGGAUGGGCUUAGGCGCCGCGGAGGGCCAGUAUGUUAACAGUGUCAUGCUGUUCAUCACUUUCGCCGCCUGGGCUUUCUUCACUGUUGUCAUUCUUGUCUUGAUGGAAGGCCUCUCGGCAUUUCUUCAUACACUUCGACUUCAUUGGGUUGAGUUUAUGAGUAAAUUCUACGAGGGCUUAGGACACCCCUUUCAACCAUUUUAUUUUAAGACUAUCUUAGAUGCCGAGGAUGCCGAGGAAUAGAAUCGCCGCUAGUCUUCACAGCAAUAAUUGUAAAAUAUAUAAUUACUGAAUAUCAUGCGCGAAGAUUUCUUUAUUUUAAAUAUUUUCAUAUACACAAGGUCUUGUCUUGUUGCCUAGGGAAAUAUAAGAAGGAUCAAAUUGUCAUGGAUUAUUUUAAAAGAGUCUGACAAUGUGCUUUCUUCUACAAUUAUACCCAUCGAUCACAUGCCUAUGUAUGUUGGCCGCGCACGAUAAUUGCAAUAAGAAUUUUAAAAAAUAGUUUUUCUUAAUACUUUUUAUAUUGUGGAUAACAAUAUCGAGAAAUCGGUGAGCAUUAUGAAAGUUUAUAUGAAAUAUUCAUAGAUUUUUACUCUAUUUAAUUUAACUUAAAAAACUCACUUCUAAAGCUUCUAAAUUUUGUCAUUAGUAAAAUUUUGCUAAUUUUUAUCUGCUUGUUUACUGCACCGUUCUUUUAAAUUUCUUAUAAUUUAAGAAGAGAAAGUUCAACAAUGUGUGCUUAAUAAAACAAAUUUAAUUGCCAUAAUG